AACAAGCAAAUAAUCAAUCCAAUUCUUCAUACAAAGUACCUCGAUCACACUAUCACUCCCAUAAAAUGUCUACCAGCUAUACCAUCUCUGUUGAAAAUCAACGCGGUGAGCACACUAACUAUGCAGUCUUCAUGGAUCCUCCGGAGUUCACUGGGGGCCAACAACCUUGGAUGAAUGUAUGGUACACGUCAUUCGUCCCUUAUCAUGGAAACUUUGAAGUCCGCACCGGAGCGGACUUUUAUGCUUGGGUCGGAACUGUGCCUACGACACCAGCGCCAGGCGUUGUAGUCACCAGUGGCAUGAGCCUGUUAGCUCGUCUUGGUACAACUAACACUCCUGGAAGCACUUUUGACAAAAAGAUCAUUCAAAGCUUCCCCACUAUUACCGAAAUCACCCCAAGUGCCAUCCCUGGUGCAUAUGAGAUCAAGACUGGUACCGACUUUACCGUUCCUAACAACACCUACCUUGUCGGACUUGCAAAGGUCAACAACCGUGGACAGGUUGCCCCAGUUGCUUCAAUUGCCCCACUGAACAAUAUGAAUGUUCAGAUUACCCCAAAGAUGAAGUUCUUCAUCUCCGAAAGCCAACAGGUUGCCGGUGAAAUUGUUGACUAUGGCUCCAUUGCUAGAGACGGUGCUACUAUUGACUUUAGCAGUGGCGAGGGUCAGGGCAAGUUUUAUGCUCGUGUAGUCCAAAACACUGACGGUAGAUUUACUGUUACUUACUACGACAAUUAUGACUAGGAAUCGAGAAGCGCUGGGGAGCUACAUUGGUAGCUACCAAGGUCAGAUAGCAAUUAGAAUUAGCUCAUACGUCUACCUAGUAUUGAACUAAUCGAGUAUUCCUGCGAUU